AUGGAGAUACCAAUUAAGCCGAUUGAUCAACUGUUGGAGAGGGUUCUUUGCAUGAAUAUCCUUUCAUCGGAUUAUUUUAAAGAGCUUUAUCGUUUUAAAACUUAUCAUGAAGUGAUUGAUGAAAUAUACAACCAAGUGGAUCAUGUGGAGCCAUGGAUGACUGGGAAUUGUCGUGGUCCUUCCACUGCAUUUUGCCUUCUGUACAAGUUCUUCACCAUGAAGCUUACAGUGAAACAAAUGCAUGGCCUGUUGAAACACCCAGAUUCUCCAUACAUUAGAGCGGUUGGAUUUCUGUACUUGAGAUAUGCUGCAGAUCCGAAAACUUUGUGGGGUUGGUUUGAACCAUAUGUCAAGGAUGACGAGGAGUUCUCUCCUGGAUCCAAUGGUAGAAUGACAACAAUGGGGGUAUACGUCCGGGACCUACUUCUUGGACAGUAUUACUUUGAUACACUGUUCCCUCGUAUCCCUGUCCCUGUAAUGCGGUCCAUCACAGCAAACCUCGAAAAACUAAAACUCCCUACCAAACAUUGCGGGGUGACCGGCGAGUCAACCCGUGGGUCCGAUGACAUGGCGCGGCGACCGCCAUCUGUCAAAGCCGCACUUUCGGUUUCCUUCGGUCAGCGGGCCCCACAUCGCGCGUCCACACGCGAUUCCUCCCCUGUGCGCCGCACCCUCCCACCUCUCCCUUCGUAUGACGAUUCUUCCCGCCGAUCCCCUGCCCGGCAUCGUUCCCAAAGCCGCGAUUUGCCUGACCGAGAUUAUCCUGACCGGGAAAGAGAAAGAGAAAGAGAAAGAGGAAGAGAUAGGGAUAGGGAUAGGGAGAGGGAUAGAUAUAGGGAAAGGGAAAGGGACAGGAGGCAUGAGUAUGAUCGAAGGUCCAGGGAGAGUAGCAGAAGGGAUUACCACAGGGAAUCGAGUUCCCGGAGGAGUAGGAGCAGGAGUAGGAGUAGGAGCAGGAGCAGAAGCGAGAGUGUGAGUAUUCAUCAUGGGGGGAAGGCUCCGGUGAGUCCAAAUGGUAGGGAAGAAGUGAAGGAUAGGACAUCUGCUUCUAGUAAUUUGGCAAAGCUUAAAGAUAUGUAUGGUGAUUUGACUAGUGACAAGGCUGAUGUGGCCAAUGGUAGGGUUUCUGCUAGGGAUAGUGGUGCUGAAGAGGUUAUUCGUCUCGGUGGUUCAUCAUGGAGGUAACCAUGUCCACCACCACCUCCAACCACCACCACCAUUUCAUCUGCCAUGAAGGAAACUAUGUUGUGAGGAAAGAAAUGGUGGCGUGGCAUGGCAUGUAUUAUUAUGUUACUAUGAGAUGAGAUUGAUUGAUAUGUGUUGGUUCCAGAGGCUGUAAUACGAUGUAUGCUGUAAUCCUGAUUAGAUUCAUCAUCAAACUCUUUUUUUUUUAAACUUUUAUUUUACAGCAUCAUUUGGUUUUUAGCAUUUCUUGUGUUUUGUCAUCUUAAGGAAUUGUGGGACAAAGUUAAUACUCAUUUAAUAUGGUGGUGAGAAUCCAUUACACA